UCAUGCACCAGCUAUAUAUAUCCAAGUCAUUUAUCUCCACACUCACAAGUAUACCAUUCUAAGCCUCAAAAUCAUAAUAAUAACUGCACUUUCCUAUCUCUAAGGAUUUUUAAGCAAUGGAGAAGGGAAAAAACCAUGCUGCUACUGAGCUCAUUGUGAAGCAAGGAGAGCCAACUUUGGUGCCACCAGCAGUGGAAACAGAGAAGGGGCAAUAUUACCUUUCAAAUCUUGAUCAGAAUAUCGCCGUGCCGGUCAGAACAAUUUACUGCUUCAAAUCAGAAGAAAAAGGGAAUAAGAAUGCUGCUGAAGUGAUCAAGGAAGCAUUGUCAAAGGUUCUUGUUCACUAUUAUCCACUAGCAGGGAGAUUGACAAUCAGCCAGGAAAUGAAGCUUAUAGUGGACUGCAGUGGAGAAGGGGCAGUUUUUGUUGAGGCAGAAGCAAAUUGUACCAUAGAGGACAUUGGUGAUAUUACUAAGCCUGAUCCUGUUACACUUGGCAAGCUUGUUUAUGACAUCCCUGGUGCUAAAAACAUACUGGAAAUGCCUCCCGUAAUUGCUCAGGUGACAAAGUUCAAAUGUGGGGGAUUUGUGCUUGGGUUGUGCAUGAACCAUUGCAUGUUUGAUGGGAUUGCAGCCAUGGAGUUUGUGAAUUCUUGGGGUGAAACUGCCAGAGGUGUACCUAUCAAAGUCCCUCCAUUCCUAGACAGAAGCAUACUCAAGGCUAGAAAUCCACCAAAACCAGAAUAUCCUCAUAAUGAGUUUGCUGAAAUUGAAGAUAUAUCAGACUCUACUAAACUGUACCAAGAAGAAAUGCUCUACAAGUCCUUCUGUUUUGACCCUGAAAAACUUGAACAACUAAAAGCAAAAGCCAAAGAAGAUGGAACUGUUAGCAAGUGCACGUCAUUUGAAGCCCUUUCAGCUUUCGUCUGGAAAGCGCGAACUCAGGCUUUGCAAAUGAAGCCUGAUCAAAAGACAAAGCUUCUCUUUGCUGUAGAUGGAAGAUCAAGAUUUGAUCCUCCGAUUCCACAAGGGUAUUUUGGUAACGGGAUCGUGUUAACUAACGCGCUAUGCAAUGCUGCAGAGAUAGUCGAAAAUCCUCUUUCAGUUGCUGUGAAGUUGGUUCAAGAAGCUGUUAAAAUGGUUACAGACAGUUACAUGAGAUCUGCUAUAGACUUUUUUGAAGCAACAAGAGCUAGGCCUUCUUUAACUGCUACUCUUCUUGUUACUACUUGGUCUAGGCUUGCUUUCCAUACUACAGAUUUCGGGUGGGGAGAGCCCGUUGUAUCGGGGCCCGUGGCUUUGCCAGAGAAAGAAGUUUCUCUGUUUCUUUCUCAUGGAAAAGAGAGGAGAAAUAUCAAUGUGCUUCUUGGAUUGCCAACUUCUGCCAUGAAGACUUUUGAAGAGCUCAUGGAGAUCUAAACAGCCAUAUUGCAGCUUUAAUUUGCCAUGAUGAAAUUAAUUUCUAGUAUAUUUACUGUGAGUUAUGUGUAAUUGAUUAUGUUUUUACAUUGUGUUAUUAUUCAUUGAACCCCAGAAGAAAUUCAGGCCAGCUGAUAUGUAAUGUUACUAAAGGGGUGAAGUCCAAUUUAUGUUACUUGUAUUGUUAUUUCUCUAUAGCAUCAAUUCAUGCUCUUUUGUUUGUUUCUUAA